CUCGCUUCCUCUACUUUCGAUACUCUGCGAAGGCUAAUUGCGACUAAUAUUUAUUCCACAGUUCCUCACCCCAACUCUUACAGUAAGUCUCUAUCUCUCUUUCUCCCGUUCUGUAGCAAUCCCUGGCCAACUUCAGAGCAAUGACCAUACUUGCAUCUCUGGCAAGGCACAGCAAACGACUAAUUCGACCACCCACCUUUUCUGUAUACGCACAACGGCUUGGUUCAACGAAAACAGCAGGCUUAUUCAAACCAGUACCCAUGUCGGAUAACAAGCUUGCGAUCGACCGCCCGACGCUCGAGUCUCUGCUGCUCAAGCGCUUCUUCUACGCGCCGUCCUUUGGCAUUUACGGCGGCGUGGCUGGUCUGUACGACUUUGGACCGACUGGCACUGCCCUGCAGCAGAACCUGAUCAGCAUGUGGCGCCAGCAUUUCGUUAUUGAGGAGGACAUGCUCGAGGUCGACUGCUCGAUCAUGACCCCGGCCGAGGUGCUGAAGACCUCUGGCCACGUCGAGAAGUUCGCUGACUGGAUGUGCAAAGACACCAAGAACGGCGAGAUCUUCCGUGCUGACCACCUUGUUGAGGCUGUCCUGGAGGCGCGUCUCGAGGGAGAUGCGCUGGCGCGCAAGGCGGCUGGCGAGCAGGUCGCCGAGGCGGCCAAGCCUGCCGACGACAAGAAGGCCAAGAAGAACAAGAAGAAGGGCGGCCCCGUGGUAGCAACCAAGCUGGACGACGCUGUGGCCGAGGAGCUGCGCAGCAUCCUGGCGCAGAUCGACAACUACGACGGGCAGGGCCUGGGCGAGCUGAUCAAGCGCUUCGAUAUCCGCAACCCGACCACAGGCAACGAGGUGACGGCGCCGGUGGAGUUCAACCUGAUGUUCGAGAGCAGCAUUGGCCCGACCGGCCAGCUCAAGGGCUACCUGCGGCCCGAGACCGCGCAGGGCCAGUUCCUGAACUUCUCGCGUCUGCUCGAGUUCAACAACCAGAAGAUGCCGUUUGCGUCGGCCAUGGUCGGCCGUUCGUUCCGUAACGAGAUCUCGCCGCGCUCGGGCCUCCUGCGUGUGCGCGAGUUCACCAUGGCUGAGAUCGAGCACUUUGUCGACCCGCAGGACAAGAUCCACCCGCGCUUCGACGAGGUCAAGGACAUCAAGGUGCGUCUGCUGCCGGGCACCGUGCAGCUGGAGGGCAAGACCGAGCCGAUCACCAUCACCAUCGGCGAGGCGGUCGCCCAGGGCAUCAUCGACAACAAGACCCUCGGCUACUUUGUUGGCCGCAUCUACCUGUUCCUGAUGGCCAUCGGCAUCAACCACGACCUGCUGCGGUUCCGCCAGCACCUGCAGAACGAGAUGGCCCACUAUGCCUGCGACUGCUGGGACGCCGAGAUCAAGACGUCGUACGGCUGGAUCGAGUGCGUCGGAUGCGCCGACCGCUCCGCCUACGACCUCACUGUGCACGCCAACAAGACCAAGGAGAAGAUGUGCGUGCGCGAGACUCUGCCCGAGCCGCUCGUCUACGAUAAGCUUGUGUGCGAGACCAACAAGAAGGUGUUCGGCCCGACCCUGAAGAAGGCUGCCAAGCCCGUGCAGACCUACCUCGAGACCCUGCCCGAGGCCGAGCUGGCCAAGAUCAACGAGCAGCUGCUGGCCGACGGCCUGGCCAAGAUCACGCUCAGCGGCACCAUCGCUGACGGCGAGCACGCGAUCACCAAGGACAUGGUGGAGAUUUCCAAGAAGACCUUCACCGAGCACGUGCGCGAGUACACCCCGAACGUCAUCGAGCCGUCCUUUGGUAUCGGCCGCAUUCUGUACUCGCUGAUCGAGCACUCGUUCAGCGUGCGCGCUGACGACGAGCAGCGCGCCGUGCUGAGCUUCAAGCCGGCUGUGGCGCCCUUCAAGUGCCUGAUCCUGCCUCUGUCGAACCACGCCAGCUUCGAGAAGCCGCUGCGCGACAUUGCGCGUCGCCUGCGCUCCAACGGUGUCCCGGCCCGUGUCGACGAUGCUGCUUCGGCGUCUAUUGGCCGCCGGUAUGCCCGUAACGAUGAGCUGGGCACGCCGUUUGCCAUCACCGUCGACUUCCAGACUGCCCAGGACCAGACCAUCAUUGUGCUGGUUAAGGACCUGGUGUCCGGUGAUACUACCUGGGAUGAUGUCCUGGGCAAGUACGAGCUGGUGGAUACUGCUGCCGGUGCUGACGAGGAGUAGAUGAAUUAGAAAUACCUUUCAAAUUGAAAUUAUUAACCCUGUCAUAAC